AGCAGUAAAGGCAACGCUAUCAGGCCAGCGUUUUAAAACCAGAAAAAGAGAUGCAAAAGAGAGGUUUGACUCUACUCAGUUUUAAGACUGCAUUAUUCAAGGCUUAACUGAAACUGGUACUGAUUUGGAAGCAGUAGCAAAGUUUCUUGAUGCUUCUGGAGCAAAACUUGAUUACUGCCGAUAUGCAGAAACACUCUUUGACAUUCUGGUGGCCGGUGGAAUGCUGGCCCCAGGCGGUACACUGGCAGAUGACAUGAUGCGUACAGAUGUCUGUGUGUUCGCAGCACAAGAAGACCUCGAGACCAUGUAAGCAUUUGCUCAGGUUUUUAACAAGUUAAUCAGGUGCUACAAAUACCUGGAGAAAGGUUUUGAAGAUGAGGUUAAAAAGCUGCUGCUGUUCUUAAAGGGUUUUUCAGAGUCGGAGAGGAACAACCUGGCUAUGUUGACCGGUGUCCUUCUGGCUACUGGAACACUUAAUGCAUCCACUCUUAAUAGCCUUUAUAAUGAGAAUUUGGUUAAAGGGGUUUCAGCAGCUUUGGUUGUAAAGCUCUUUAAAUCAUGGAUAAAUGAAAAAGAUAUCAAUGCAGUAGCUCCAAGUCUUUGGAAAGUGAGCAUGGAUAACAGACUGAUGGAACUUUUUCCUGCCAAUAAACAAAGCAUUGAACACUUCACAAAGUAUUUUACCGAGGCAGGCUUGAAAGAGCUUUCAGAGUAUGUUUGGAAUCAGCAAACCACAGGAGCUCGUAAGGAACUCCAGAAAGAACUUCAAGAACAGAUGUCUCGUGGUGAUCCAUUUAAGGAUAAAAUUUUGUAUGUCAAGGAGGAGAUGAAAAAAAACAACAUCCCAGAACCAGUUGUCAUCGGAAUAGUAUGGUCCAGUGUAAUGAGCACCGUGGAAUGGAACAAAAAAGAGGAGCUUGUAGCAGAGCAAGCCAUCAAACGCUUGAAGCAAUACAGCCCUCUCCUUGCUGCCUUUACAACUCAAGGUCAGUCUGAACUGACUCCGUUACUGAAGAUUCAGGAGUAUUGCUAUGACGACAUUCGUUUCAUGAAAGCCUUCCAGAAAAUAGUGCUGCUCUUUUAUAAAGCUGAAGUUCUGAGUGAAGAACCCAUUCUGAAAUGGUAUAAAGAUGCACAUGCUGCCAAGGGGAAAAGUGUUAUCCUUGAGCAAAUGAAAAAGUUUGGAGAGUGGCUCAAAAAUGCUGAAGAAGAAUCUGAGUCUGAAGCUGAAGAGGGUGACUGAAUUUGAAACUACACCCUCAGUAAAGCAAACAGGAGUUGUAGAUAAAAUGUCAUGUCUCAUGUGUCCUGGUUCUUACAUCUUCCUACCUCCCUAUAUCAAGCAUGAUAUAAGGGCUUUCAUGGCAAAGUUUAUUUUAACUGUUCCUAUGGUUACUGGAAAUGUUGGAUUUAGUUUCUAAAGCCAUGUUUUAGAACUAGUCUAUCUGGGAGAAUCCUUCUUUGUCUCUUCCAGCUUCUAGUGACCCCUAGUGCUCCCUGGCUUUGGACAGCAUAACUCCAAUCUCUGCUCCUGUCUUCACAUGGCCUCCUCUCCUCUUUUUGUUUGUGGCAACCCUGUGUCAAGCAGCUCUACUGGUGGUGCCAUUUUUCCAACAGCAUUUGCUCACUUCGUGUCUCUAGGUCACGUUUUGACGUUGCCUGUGCCAUUUAUUUUUUCUGUUGAUACAGGCCUUUCAUUCCUCACUGCAAGUGAUGAGCUCUGUAUACUUGAUUGGCUGAACGUUUCUGUUAUUCUGUUUAAACUGGGGACAUGGGUUCGAUCCCUUGUCCGGGAAGAUCCCACAUGCCGCGGAGCAACUAAGCCCAUGCGCCACAACGACUGAGCCUGCGCUCUAGAGCCCGGGAGCCACAACUACUGAGCCCACGUGCCACAAGUACUGAAGCCCGCGUGCCUAGAGCCCGUGCUCUGCAACAAGAGAAGCCACCGCAGCGAGAAGCCCGCGCACUGCAACAAAGAGUAGCCCCCGCUCGCCGCAACUAGAGAAAGCCCACACGCAGCAACGAGGACCCAACGCAGCCAAAAAUAAAAUAAAUUAACUAAUUAAUUAAAAAAAAAAGAAUGUUAUGUGAAUAAAAUCAUAUAGUGUGUAACCUUGUUUUUUUUCUUAAGUAAAAAAAAUUUUUUUUUUGGCUGCGCUGCCGGUUAUGCGAUCUUAGUUCCCCGACCAAGGAUUGAACCCAGCCCAGGUAGUGAAAGUGCUGAGUGCUAAACACUGGACCGCCAGGGAAUUCCCAGUAUGUAACCUUUUGGAUUGGCCUUUUUCACUCAAUGUAAUUCCCUGGAGAGUCAUCCAAAUUGCAUG